AAAAUUUAAUUUACUAAAAAAAGAUGAUGCAAGCGCAAUCCUCUUUGUGGUCGUGUAGAUUUGCGUGUGUAGGCUUAAACAACAACAACGGAAGCAAAAGGGUUUUGAGAGUGAGAGUGAGAGUGAGAGCGAUGCGAGCUGUUGUUCAGCGUGUCUCCUCUGCAUCCGUCGAAGUCGAAGGCCGCAUCGUAUCGGAGAUUGGCCCUGGCCUUCUCGUUCUCGUUGGAAUUCACGAUUCCGACUCCGACUCCGACGCCGAUUACAUAUGUCGAAAGGUGUUGAACAUGAGGCUCUUCCCAAAUGAAAAUACUGGCAAAGCAUGGGACCACAGUGUCAUGCUCAAAAAUUAUCAAGUUUUACUUGUGAGUCAAUUUACGUUGUAUGGAUUCUUGAAAGGUAACAAGCCAGAUUUCCACGUGGCAAUGUCCCCUCAGAGUGCCAAACCCUUCUAUGCCUCUUUAGUAGAUAGGUUUAGGAGCGCCUAUAACUCUGAUGCAAUCAAGGAUGGUGUAUUUGGUGCGCAGAUGAAGGUAAAUUUGGUUAAUGAUGGACCGGUUACCAUGCAACUUGACUCACAGUCACUCAAGUGAGUUGAAGAAAUUAAUUUUGACAAAAAUGUCUUUUCUGUUAUGAGAAUAUCAUUGACAAUUCAAAUCAUUCAGAAAUACAAUUGAUGCAAAAGAAUCUUGAUCGGAGCUUCACCGUACUUGAUGGGCGUGGAUUUGAAUUCUGACCCUUUUGUCAAUAAGACCAAAUGUAAGACACUUUUUUUGUUGUAUUCUAUUCAAUAUAGUCAAAUAGCCGCUAAAGUGCUAUAGCAUAAAGGUGUUUAAACAAAUCACUAUUGUUCCGUUCUGCUAUAGUGAAAUUUGAACAAACUGUUAUUUUUUUCAAUUCACAAUUGACAACACUGAUUCUAAUUGAAGUUCUUUCUUCUCAA